AUGAAACUUUUCUUUGAUGAUGAUCUUUCGAAAGAUAUAGAGUUUGAAGUGGGAUCCCUACCGAGCAGUCUGACAAAACUAUCGAUUGGCAACGAUUAUAAUCAACCUCUUCAUAUCGGUAUACUUCCGGCAUCGUUAGAGUAUCUUGAAUUCUCAAGCGAAAUAUUCAAUCAAAUCUUUGAACCGGAUGCACUACCCUCUGGUUUGAAAUCACUUAAACUUGGUAAUGGAUAUACUCAACCUAUUAAAGCAGAUAUACUACCAACUACACUUACCAACUUGGAUCUUGGAUCAAAAUUUCUAGUUAAUAACUUUGAACAGUUAUUACAAAUUAAUAAUAACAAUAAUAACAAUAAUAACAAUAGUAGAAAUAAUAAUAAUAUAAGUAAUUUAAAGGUCAUGUUAAAACGUGAUUGUUUAACAAUUAGAAUUUUAGAUGAUAAAAGAAUAUUGGCAUUAACGAAUCAUAUGGAAGGUGGAUUAUUAAAUUUAUCAGAGUUACUACUGCGGCAUCAUUAUAAUAAUAAUUAUCAUAAUAAUAGUAAUAAUAAUAAUAAUAAAGAUAUAAAUAACUGUAACUUCUUCUUUAAAUUCUUAAAGGAUAGAGGAGAACUAAAUGAUGAUAAACCAGAUGAAGAAGAAGACUAUGACUAUGAUGUUUCGAUGGAAUCUGGCGAUGAAGAACGUCGUGAGUAUCUACUGCGAUCACAAUCACGUCACUUUAGUUUCAUAAACAAUAAUAAUAACUACAACAACGAGGAUAACUUUAUCAUCAGUACUCUAGAGGAUCCGUAUCAAAGCAGUAGCAGCAACGGAGAUCUCUCGAAUGACUCACAGUUUGACAUUGACGACGAAGAGAUUCUACAACAAUCGAAAACUCAUUGGCUAACAAAAAGAAUAGAGAGAUUAUCACAAUCAGAUUACGAACAAGAAGAAAGUGAAGAUGAUGAUGAUAGUUAA